AUGGGCAAGGUUUGCGCCAUUUUUGGAGGAUCCCGAGGAAUAGGGAAAGCUGUUGCAGAAUUACUGGCACAGAAAGGCUGCCGCCUGGCGAUUAUUGCUAGAAAUCUGGAAGUAGCCCAAACCACUGCACGUAAUCUUGGUGCAGGACAUUUGGCACUUAGCUGUGAUGUAUCCAGUGAACAAGAAGUCCAAAAUACUUUUGAGGAGAUGCAGAAGAAUUUAGGUCCUAUUAACUACUUGGUUAACGCAGCUGGGAUCAACAGGGAUGGGUUGUUACUGAGAACCAAGACUGAAGAUAUGAUAGCCCAGAUUCACACUAACCUUUUGGGAACAAUGUUGACAUGCAAAGCUGCUGUAAAAAGCAUGAUUCAACAAAAGGGAGGUGCUAUUGUCAACAUAGGAAGUAUUGUAGGACUUAAAGGCAACUCUGGUCAAAGUGUAUACAGUGCUACCAAAGCAGGAUUAGUUGGAUUUUCACGCUCCCUUGCUAAAGAAGUAGCAAAAAAACAAAUUCGAGUCAACGUGGUUGCUCCAGGCUUUAUUCACACGGAGAUGACUGCUCAUUUGGAAGAAGAUCAGCUGAAGAAAGCAAUUCUCCUUGGAAGAUUUGGAGAGCCUCGUGAAGUUGCACAAGCCGUUGUCUUUCUUCUGGAGUCCCCUUAUGUUACAGGGAGUACUCUAAUUGUAGAUGGAGGCUUGCAGCUUAUGACUUAAAUACUGCCUUGAAUAAGUACCUACU